AGCCGUGGAAUGUAACAACCAAGCUAGCUCCACAGCACAUCAAAAUGUCCAGCUGGGGAAGGGUCUCUGCAGCCUUGAGGACUGUUUUGAGGAGUCCUCGGUCUCUGAAGAGCCCAGGUCUUCGUCGGGUUGUGGGUCCUGGUGUCCUGGGCUCUGUAGUCGGUGCUGGAGUUGUCUGUUAUUAUCAUUAUCAAGCUAACUACAGGACUCUGCCCUUUGCUGUACAUGCCGAGGAGCAAAAAGAUGCUGCAGUUCCUCAUAUGUCUGCCAGGAAGGUCCGUUUUGAUAAGUUUGCCUCAGUGAUUUAUGAACAGGAGCUCUACAUGACCCCCAGAGACUUCCUCUACUCUGUCAUGCUGGAGAAUGUGGACCGAAAGCUGCAGAAGAGGAUUUUAACAAGAGAGGAAGUGAACAAAAUGUUGAAAGCUGCCUCCAGAGCUCGUGCUGGUAAUGAUCUGUUCAGGAGUUUAGGAGACAACGGUCUGAUAUCUUACGACGAGUAUCUUUUCUUGCUAACGAUUCUGACCAAGCCGCGUACAGGAUUUCACAUCGCUUUCAAAAUGCUUGAUGUUGACGGCAACGAGCAUGUGGACAAAAAGGAGUUCCUCAAGCUGAAGAAAAUCAUUGGAAAAAGCAAAAGAAGAGCUGCCAAGGAUGGCAUAGAGAUUCAGGCAGAAGAAGGAGACAGUGUGAACACGACACUUCAGGCGUACUUCUUUGGAAAGAAAGGAGAAAAUAAGUUGCAGUAUCAGCAGUUUCGCAGGUUCAUGGAGGACCUGCAGGCUGAAGUCCAGGAGAUGGAGUUCCUGCAGUUCUCUAAAGGCAUGGACACCAUGAGGAGGGAGGACUUUGCAGAAUGGCUGCUGCACUAUACCAACGAAGAAGACAAUGAGGUUUACUGGGAGAACAUGAGGAAGAAGAUCCCUGCUGGACAGAGUAUCACGUUUGAUGAGUUCAAAGCCUUCUGUCUCUUCACCAACAACCUGGAGGACUUUGCCUUUUCGAUGAAGAUGGUGACUGAAGCCAACCGUCCUGUUGGAAUGGCUCAGUUUAAGCGAGCAGUGAGGAUCGCCACAGGUCACGAUCUGUCUGAGAGUGUUCUGGAUACUGUGUUCAAACUCUUUGACAUGGAUGGAGAUAACUGUCUGAGCCAUAAAGAGUUCAUCGGUGUGAUGAACGACAGGGUGCUGCGAGGUCUGAAGGUGCAGCAUCAGACCGGCAUUUCAGGAUACUGGAAAUGUGUGAAAAGAGAAACCCUGAAGGGAGCCCGGGAGGCCCUGGGAGACACCGGGUGCCCCAUCUGAACCACGGUGAUGAUCUGGACCUCGUCUGCUGGAUGAUCAAUGAAACCACUGACCACUUUGGUAUUUUAUAAUCCAACGAGUGGAGUGAAAUGAUGAUUAAUGCAACCACAUGUACAAAGGAUUUAUACCACUAUCAUAUUAUUAUUGUGCUGUUUACUAUUAGCUGAAUGGGUCCAGCUGUGGUGUUUUUUAUAUGUAGUCUGAGUUUUAGGGCUUAGUGCGGUGUGCUUGAUCCAGUCAUACAUGUUAUAUUCAGAAAAAUGUCUCAAUACUUCAACUCUGAAUUGUACAUUAGUGGAAGUGGUCGCUGUAGAUGUUCUGUACGGAGAUCAAAGAUAGGAAUGAUGAUUCUGCUUUUCUGUCACAUGUUUUUGUGCACAUUUAAAGAUUAUAAACACUUAAAAUAAGACAUGUUAGACAUGUAAGAUGACAAGCCUUUUAAGGACAAUAGUCCAUGCCAGAAGAACAAUGCAAAAAUAAAUCUUUAACUAAAAUAGGAAAAUCCCCCUGCAACCCUGAGGUCACCACUGUCCCUUCAUUUGAACUCUUCCUGCAGAACUCCAUGGACUGAUGAUUUUACUACAUUUACAUGUGUAUAAAAUUCAUGAUUACACCCUUUA